GGUACUGAUCCAAUUCUCUCUCUUCCCAGUCCCGUGUUUGUGGUCUCCAACGUGCUGUUCAUAUCGAGUCCCCCUGCUCUGACGUUGGCACAGGAAAACACUAUCGAACGUCCCUACUUGGGACUUUUAAUAUAUCAGCCAUCGAUAAUUCUCGGCGACCCUGUCAGGCAAUCAAAUUGCCCAUCCUUCCUUCCUCCCCUUAACCCGGCUAUCGAGAGCCGUAGACGGUCGGAAUCCACGGACCUUCCACCUGAUUAUGACCGCCAGGGUGCAAGAUGUCAGCACAAGCAAGAAAGACUCGGCUAUGUGUUGUGCCCAAACGCCACCACCAGCCACCAUUCUGACGGUCCAAGCCCAAGUGCGAGGAGCAGCAGGAGCACAAGGAGGCGAAACCUAGUUUUGCAUGAAGAAUAUCUCGAUGUCAUCCUCCUGCUUCGCAUCGCCGUCAAAGUUGUCGCCCCUGUGAUAUUUCAUCUCACCUCACUUGGCCCGCCACCACCCCUACAGGGCAUCGCAAGAUUUCUCCUCCCCUCCUAUGGGAUCUCUGAUCGUAACGCCUCCUCCCAUUGA